UUGUCAUGUGUUGUUGUACCACCCUUAGGUGCGCAUGAUCUGCGAGCGGAUGCUGCGCGAGCAAGAGGCGGCGCUGCGCGCGGAGUACGAGUCGGCGCUCAGCUCCAAGCUCGCCGAGCAGUACGAGGCCUUCGUGCGCUUCAACUUGGACCAGGUGCAGCGCCGGCCUCCGCCCGCGACCUGCAUGCCGCUGGGCAUGGACGCCGAGCACCACAUGCACCAGGACCUGGUACCCAGCUAUCUGUCCUAAUAAUAGUAUAGGAGUGGGGCUGUGCGGUAUAAUACUGCAAAUAUAUCAAGACAAACAUAUUUUGGUAUAUGUGAAUAUUAUAUGCGGGAAUAGAGUAUCCUAUACAAUCAAGAACUUGUGAUUGCUAGUGGAAUUUAUCUAUCGUCGAUAUUGUUACAAAUAUUAUUAUCUAGUUCCAUUUGACUCACAAUAAUAUUAUUGACAGUAUUAUGAACUAAAACUAGACCACGUUUGUGCCUACUAAUUACUAUGAUUAUGAAUGCAUUAUACAAAUUUAUAUUGUAACCUUAAGACAAUAUCGACCUAGAUAAAUUCCGCUGUUUUGUUCAUGCCACAUAAACAUAAUUAGCUUUUAAUGCUUUAGGUAAGGUUCGCUGGAUAAUUGUGUUCAUAGACUGAGGAUCGACAUAGCUGAGGAAACCGCGAUGGCUGAAACAUGUCGCGGCUUCGUUUUGGCCAUAUUUCGUAUAAACGGGUUUGUUAACAAAUGUAUACACAACAGACGUGAAGCCAAGUGUUUACUGUAUUUUGUAUAUUUUCUAAAGAUUACGAAAGAACCUGUAGUAACUUAGAUUCUAAACACAAAUCACACAGAGUGCCUGUUAAGAAAUCAAUGUCCUCAAAUGGUUUUUGCUAAUUAGCCAUAAUUUUGAUUGAUAUGAUUAUAUUUAAUUUUACUUUUUUAGUUCUGUCGAAUUAUAGUUGUAGUUGUUAAUUUAUAUUCUUGUCAAAAAGUGCAAGCGCAGUUCUAUGGCAAGACAGCCUCGGGUAUCAGACAGUUCGGACUAGCGACUAUAGUGUUCACAGUAACGGUAACGAAAUUAUAUUCCAAUAAAAUGCAGCCUUAAUAUUCAAAAUUUACUCACUGAUACAUCCAUGGCUUAUUAGAAAAUUAUUACAUUAGCUUUAUUUAAAUUUUUAAGUUAUUCAUCUCAAUAAGGUAUGUAUGAGUCGGUAAACGUGCCGAGUCGCACGCGGCGGCGUGAUGCGACCCGGCGCGGCCUACUAACGCACUUCGCGUGCAUUAUUGAGAAUUGUUUUAUAUUCUUGUUAGUUGUAACUUUUUAUUGAAUACGAAAGGAUAUAAUUUGUUACCAAGCAUUAUUCAAUAAAAAACAUAGGAUAGGUUUUUUUUAAAUUGUAUUAUCAGCUCAUUAUUAGUAGGUUAUUGGCGUUUAAGAACUGAAAAUAAAUUAGCUAAACACCUA